ACGUCCAGGCUCGGGGCGAGUGGAGAGACUCGGUGUCCCAGAGAGUCCCGCGCUGGGCCACGACGCCGCGCACCACCCUCGCCGUCGCUGCCGGCGGCGGCCUUUCUCCGGGCGACGCCGCUACUGCCGUUGCUUCGCGGGUUGAAGGGUCCGGGCGUCCCAGGGCGAGCGGAGACUGCGGGUGGGAGCCUGCGCGGGCCCUGCGGAGCGGGCCGGGGGAGGCCGGGAUGGCGCGCCCCGGAGUUGACUGAAGCGAGCGUCCGGGCUCCAGAGCUCCCGGCGGGAUCCAGGGGCCUCCUGGGGCUGCACCGGAUGGUCUGAGGGCGGCGCAGACAUGGCUCACCUCAGGGGAUUUGCCAGCCAGCACCCACGGGUGGACCCCGAGGAGCUCUUCACCAAGCUGGACCGCAUCGGCAAGGGCUCCUUCGGGGAGGUCUUCAAGGGCAUCGACAACCGCACCAAGGAGGUGGUGGCCAUCAAGAUCAUCGACCUGGAGGAGGCGGAGGACGAGAUCGAGGACAUCCAGCAGGAGAUCACCGUGCUCAGCCAGUGCGACAGCCCCUACAUCACCCGCUACUUCGGCUCCUACCUGAAGAGCACAAAGCUGUGGAUCAUCAUGGAGUACUUGGGCGGUGGCUCCGCGCUGGACCUGCUGAAACCCGGCCCGCUGGAGGAGGCCUACAUCGCCACCGUCCUGCGGGAGAUCCUGAAGGGCCUGGACUACCUGCACUCAGAGCGCAAGAUCCACAGAGACAUCAAAGCGGCCAACGUGCUGCUCUCAGAGCAGGGCGACGUGAAGCUGGCGGACUUCGGGGUGGCGGGGCAGCUCACGGACACGCAGAUCAAGAGGAACACCUUUGUGGGCACCCCCUUCUGGAUGGCGCCCGAGGUCAUCAAGCAGUCGGCCUACGACUUCAAGGCCGACAUCUGGUCCCUGGGGAUCACAGCCAUCGAGCUGGCCAAGGGCGAGCCUCCGAACUCGGACCUCCACCCCAUGCGCGUCCUGUUCCUGAUCCCCAAGAACAGCCCGCCCACGCUGGAGGGCCACCACAGCAAGCCCUUCAAGGAGUUCGUGGAGGCCUGCCUCAACAAGGACCCCCGAUUCCGGCCCACGGCCAAAGAGCUGCUGAAGCACAAGUUCAUCACGCGCUACACGCGGAAGACCUCCUUCCUGACCGAGCUCAUCGACCGCUACAAGCGCUGGAAGUCCGAGGGCCACGGCGAGGAGUCCAGCUCCGAGGACUCGGACAUGGACGGAGACGCUGAGGAUGGCGAGCAGGGCCCUGUCUGGACGUUCCCCCCCACCAUCCGGCCAAGCCCGCACAGCAAGCUGCACAAGGGGACGGCCCUGCACGGUCCCCAGAAGCCUGCGGAGCCUGUCAAGAGGCAGCCGCGGUCCCAGUGCCUGUCCACGCUCGUCCGGCCCGUCUUCGGAGAGCUCAAAGAGAAGCACAGGCAGAGCGGCGGGGGCGUGGGUGCCCUGGAGGAGCUGGAGAACGCCUUCAGCCUGGCGGAGGAGUCCUGCCCCGGCAUCUCGGACAAGCUGAUGGCUCACCUGGUGGAGCGGGUGCAGAGGUUUUCCCACAACAGAAACCACCUGACGUCGGCCCGCUAGAGCUGCUGUCGUCGGCGGAGAGGGGCGCGCUCUGCAGGGACCGGCUGACCAGCAGCCUCCGUGGGUCGGGCCCGCCCUGUGCCCGAUGCCCCCUGCCCCCCCUCCCCUCCCCGCCCGGCCGCGACUCCCUGGCGGCAGAGACUCACGGAGGAGGACUGUGCGGCGGCACAACCCCUCGCCUCCCCGGGGCGGGCCUCCCCUCCCUGGGCUCGGGGGUGGCGGCUGCCAGGACGCGAGAGCGGAGACGGGCGGGCACACUGGCCUCCUCCCUCCGCCUCCCCCCCCCCGGGGCCCCCGAUGGGGCCCCCAGUGGUCGUAGACUUGCCUUGUGGUGUGGGAUCAGGUACCGUGGCUCCUCGUAAGUGUGCGUGUCAGCCAGAGCGUGUGCGUGUGUGUGCGAGACCUGCACUCCGUGCGUCCCCGUCCACUCUAAGGGGACGGUGUUAGUUUCCCAGAACAUGGAGAGGCUCCUGCUGCUUUCAAUAAAGACCCGCCUGGGGACCUGGC